CAACUUCAUCAGUGGCAGCUUUUCCCUUCCGCCAAAGGUGACACGAUUGGGACAUUUCACCGAGAAUCAUGAGCAGAAAAUACAUCCUAUUAGUUUUUCUCUGGCAGUUUUGUAUUUUUGGGGCGGAAAACACAGAAGACAUUAAUGGUUUUAUAUCAAAAUUGUCAAAGUACUCCAUUGUGAAACCUCAGGUAAUACAUAGGUUUACUCGGAGCAUCAAAAAACCAAUACAAUCAAAUGAGAACUAUGCAGAUGAAGUAUCAUAUGCACUCAACAUUAACAACAGAAGACACCUUCUUCAUUUAAAAAAGAACAGAGACUUCCUACACCCAAAGUUUGUUCAGUAUUCACGUGAUGCCUCUGGUUCUUACAAGACGUCACAUCCAAGCCAACAUGUGCAUUGCUAUUACCAUGGAGAGGUUGGUGGAUAUGAGAGUUCAGUGGUGGCACUCAGCACGUGCUCUGGCCUCAGGGGUGUGAUCGUUCUGGGAAACGAGACAUUUGGACUUGAGCCUGUGCCGGACUCCACCACUAAUGAGCAUCUUCUGUACCUCCUGAAGGACUCCCAGUCCGAGCCCGUCACCUGUGGUGUCGUUGGCGAGGCUGCAUCAGCACCGAGUCAUGAACCCUUCGAGCCAGGCCAGUCGCUGGUUUCUCUGCUGAGGAGAAAACGCAAUUUACCUCAAACCAGUUAUGUGGAGUUGGUGCUGGUUGUUGAUAAUCUGAGGUAUAAUUUUAAGGAAAAAAAUGAGACAGCCGUGCGAGAAGAGAUGGUGGAAAUGGCUAAUCUACUGGAUGGGUACUACAAGCAGCUGAACAUCCGUGUUGUGCUUGUUGGCCUGGAGAUUUUUAAGGAUAGUAAUCCUUUUAGUGUGGAUGGCUCUGCAGGAGAGGUGUUGGGGAGGUUUGUUAAAUGGAGGAAGGCCACCCUGUUACCAAAAAUCAGACACGACAUGGGUCAGCUCAUUGUUGGUAGGCCCGGACCGUAUGGCGGAGGUGUGCUGGGCAUGGCCUUUGUGGGAACCGUCUGCUCCGUAGCAACUUCAGGAGGAAUCAAUGUGUUUAGUGACAACAGUUUGCCUUAUAUCUCAACUGUGGUGGCCCAUGAGAUGGGCCAUAACCUGGGCAUGAAUCACGACAGUACGCGCUGCAACUGUGAUGGAAAAAGCUGCAUCAUGUCUGCAACUGCUGGAGGUUCUACCAAGUUCAGCCAGUGCAGUGCAAACGACUUUGAGACGCUGAUUAUCCGUGGUGGAGGCGUGUGUCUGAGAAAUCAGCCCUCUCCAUCAGAUGUGAUUGGCACUGCCGAAUGUGGCAACGGACGCCUGGACAAAGGAGAGGAGUGUGACUGUGGCACGCCAGAGGAAUGCAAGAACGAUUGCUGUGAUGCAGCCACCUGUAAGUUUACAAGGGGCUCGUCUUGUGCUGAAGGAGAGUGCUGCGACAAGUGUCAGAUCAAAGUUGCUGGAACACCAUGCAGAAAGUCUGUCAACACCUGUGAUCUUCCUGAGUAUUGUGAUGGCGGACGUUCGUCCUGCCCUGACGACUUCUACAUCAUGGAUGGGCUGCCCUGUGAGAACGAUGCUGCAUACUGCUACGAAGGUCGCUGCCAGACGUACGAUUUCCAGUGCAAACAUUUGUUUGCACCAGAUCCUGCAGUAAAAGCAGCAGAUGAUUGCUUUACGUAUGCAAAUACUAAAGGAAACUUAUUUGGAAACUGUGGAAUCACCAGCGGUGGAGCCUACAUCAAAUGUAGCGUGGCAAAUGCAAUGUGUGGAAAGGUGCAGUGCACCAACGUGGAUGUGAAUAACCCCCCUCCUGGUGCCCAAGUCAGUAUCCAGAUAGUUGACGGGUCCACGUGUGUGAAUGCAGACUUCAACCUUGGCACAGACGUGCUCGACCCUGCCUACGUGAACCCCGGCAGCCCUUGUGGUAAAGGAAAGACCUGCCUGGACUUUAAGUGUGUGAAUGCGUCUGCUCUGUUGCCCAACUUGGACUGUGAUGCUAAGACCACCUGCAAUGGAAGAGGGCUCUGUAAUGAUCAAGGGCACUGCCACUGUAACAACGGUUGGGCUCCACCCCACUGUGACAAAUCAGGACGGGGUGGCAGCAUCGACAGUGGUCCUGCUCAGAUAGACUACUCCCUCAGGAACGGCCUGUUGAUCUUCUUCCUGGCGGUGGUUCCUCUUCUUGUCAUUCUCAUUCUGGUGCUCCUUUACGUCUUCAGGAGGGAUUCCUUGAAUGUCUGUCUAAAACGGAACCAUAAAUCACGUAAUGCUACAAAUGCAAAUGCAAACUCAAGCAGCAGUGUUCAAACAAGAGCCACAGCCCAGCUUCCAGCACAAGUCCCACCUGAGAGGCCUCCGAUUCUACCAUCUACCGCAGCUCCAAUUUCUGAAUUUAGGUAUGGAGAAGUGGAUUAUUGGAACUUGGACAAUAAUGUUGCUCCUGCACAACCACCAGCUCAUGUUCAGGGUCCAGGAGUGCCCAAACCAAUCCCAAUGAGGAAGCCAACAGCUUGAUUCUUUUUUUUUUUAUUUUUAUUUUUUAUAAGGCAUCUUACAAAUGUAUAGAAUUUACCACCCCCCCCCCCCCCCCCCCCACACUGUAUAAAAAGAGACUAUUUUAAAAAUUAUGUGAUAACUAAACACUCAAUACUUGUUGUGAGCCCCUUAAAGUUACUGGGGUAUUUUGGUAAUGGAUGUGGCUGGUAAAUGUUUAUCAGAGUUUGUGUAUUUGAUUUGGUCCUUGCCAAUCAAUUUUGGAAAUUAAAUUUGUCAUAUAAUUUUAUUUUUACAAAGUAUUUUAAAACUUGUUGCUUUCGAAUUAGACUGGUGUAAUGUUGUCACAUUUGUAAUAAAAGAUAUGAGUUUCUUGUU